UUUCUCAGCGCGAGUACGACUCGGUGGUUCAACGAGACAUGUUCUCGUGUCCAUUUUUUUCCUGAAAAAAUUGCCAACCCCAUUUACGAGGUGUCUUUUUCUCCCCGUGGUGUAAAAACGCCCGCAGAUCGUGCGACACUCACCAUCACAACAAUUCAAAUCUUCGAAUUAAUUACCUCGAGUGCAAAGUGGAGUAAUACGUGAAAUUGUAAUCAUGUCCGCGUGUCCAAGAAUUCAGCAGGCGAAUGGUGAUGGCAAUUUGUCAUCACCUAGGAAAAAACAGAGGACAACAACUUCGACAAAUGAAACGAAGGUCACGGUUGUACUUGGGGCACAAUGGGGGGAUGAGGGAAAAGGCAAGGUGGUGGAUAUGCUUGCUGAUGAUGCUGAUGUUGUCUGCCGGUGUCAGGGAGGAAAUAAUGCUGGACAUACGGUGGUCGUUGACGGAGUCUCCUUCUUCUUUCACCUAUUGCCUAGUGGAAUUAUCAAUCCAAAAUGCAAGUCAGUUUUAGGGAAUGGAGUGGUCAUUCACUUGCCGGGGUUGUUCGAGGAGCUUGAGCAAAAUGAGGCAAAGGGCCUCAAGGACUGGCAGAACAGGUUGAUCAUCUCCGAUCGUGCUCACAUUGUCUUUGACUUCCAUCAGCAGGUCGAUGGCAUGCAGGAGCUGGAGAAAGGCACACAAUCCCUUGGAACAACGAAAAAAGGCAUUGGCCCCACGUACUCGAGUAAAGCCACCCGGAAUGGAUUGAGAAUUGGGGAUCUUCUCGGAGAUUUUGAUAAAUUUUCGGAAAAAUUCAAGACUCUGGUGCUCCAAUAUCAGAGGAUGUUUCCAUCGCUUCAGGUCGACGUUAAUUCGGAAUUAGAGCGUUAUAAGGGUUAUGCUGAACGCGUGAGGCCACUGGUGAAAGAGACAGUCUACUACCUCCACAGUGCUCUCAAGGCUGGCCAAAAGGUCCUCGUAGAGGGUGCCAACGCCGCCAUGUUGGACAUUGACUUUGGUACCUACCCAUACGUAACGAGUUCAAAUUGCAGUAUUGGAGGAGUUAUCACUGGUCUCGGAUUACCUCCAGCCACCAUCGGGGAGACUAUCGGUGUCGUCAAGGCUUACACCACCAGGGUCGGCGAUGGGCCCUUCCCAACAGAGCUCACGGAUUCUACUGGGGAGAUUCUGCAGACCCGUGGGAGAGAAAUUGGAGUCACAACGCGCAGGAAAAGACGAUGUGGCUGGCUAGAUCUGGCGUUGCUCAAGUUCACGACCAUGGUUAAUGGGUACACCGCACUUUGUUUAACGAAAUUGGACAUCCUGGAUACACUUCCAGAAUUGAAAAUAUGCACUGGAUAUCGUCUCAAUGGGAAAGAGAUUGAAUAUUUCCCUAGUACAGCGUCGGAUCUUGCAAAAGUCGAGCCGGUUUAUGAAACUAUCGAGGGUUGGAACUCGAUGACAGAGGGUGUUCGUUCCCUUGACAAAUUACCUGUGAAUGCUCGCAAAUUUGUGAGAAUAAUUGAGGAAAAUUUGAAUAUUCCAGUCAAAUGGGUUGGUGUCGGUGCUGGAAGAGAGAGUGUCAUUGCUCUCUGACGAUUUAAUUUAAUUCGAGAAUUAUCUGAGCGCACCAUUUUCUGUGUAUUAAUAAGGAUAAUUAAUGUAUUGUUGAUUGUUAGAAGCUGAUGCGCACAAAAUCAUGGAAAAAAACAAACUGUGUGAAAAUUUUGAAGGAAGAAUUCUUGUAAAAUGCUUGAAAUCAAUUAUUUAAUUUGUUUAGUCUGAACUUCUUAACUUAAUUUGCAAAUUUUACCAAUCAAUUGUAAUUAUAAAAUAAUUAUCUUCACAUUUCUUCGUUCAACA